AUGCCCUCGAGCUACUCGACCACCCACGCCCUCGCCCAGCAGCGUCACCACUACCAGCAGCAGCCCCAGCUCUACUCGCAGCCGCCUCAGCUCCAGCACGCGCCCCAGCAGCAGCAGCAGCAAGACUCGCGCACACAGCUCUUCGUCAGCAACCUGCCGUUCCGCGCCCGUUGGCAAGACCUCAAGGACCUCAUGCGCAAGUGCGGCACCGUCCUGCGCGCCGACGUCGCCCUCAACCCGACCGACGGCCGCAGCCGUGGCUUUGGCGUCGUCCUCUUCGCAAAGGCCGACGACGCCCACAAGGCCAUCGCGACCUACCACGGCUACACGUGGCAGACGCGCGUCCUCGACGUGCGCAUCGACGCCCAGGACCCGACCGGCGCCCUCGCCCUCGCCGAGGCCAACCGCCAGCAGGCCAUCCAGAACCAGCACAAGCUCCUCGAGCAGCGCGCGCGCAACUCGCCCGUACCGCCGCCGCCGCCGCCUCCUGGCGGCGGCCUCCCGUUCGGCACCAUGCUCGUUCCCGUCCCGGGCGUCGCCGGCCAGGCCUACCUCGCCGCCGCUCCUCGUCCACCACCCUCGGCCCCCGGCUCCGAGUCGACGCCGUCGCCCUACCUGUCGCCCGCCGUCGUGCGCACGUCGUCGCAGGACAACUCGUCGCGCCGCUCGCCGUCGCCCGCACGGUCCCCCUCGGGCCCGCCCUCGUCGGCCUCGCCCGCCUCGACCCUCGCGACCCCAACCGACCUGUCGCCCGGCGCCGCCGUCACGGCCGACCCGCGCCUCGCCCUCGGCAAGCGCGUCACGCCGCCGCUCGCCGCGCCGCGGUCGCCCACCCUCAACCCGCCGCCGCCGCCGCCGACUCGGCACCACGAGUACCCGCAGCCGCAGCAGCAGCAGCAGCAGCAGCAGCAGGGCCACGGUCGAGGUCAGGACAUCCCGCCGCAGCUGCAGCACGCGCUCGCGCUCGUCCCGCCGCCGCCGCCGCCGCCGCCGAUGCCGAUGCAGGUCCAGGUCCAGCUCGGCCACCACCACCAGGCCAUGCUCGUGCCCAUGGUGAGCAUGCAUCCGAUGGGCUACGCCGUGCCCGGCGGCCUCGUCGGCUACUACGCCGCCGCUGCGCCGCCGCCGCCGCCGGGGCAGCACCAGGGCCCGGCGCGCCCGGGCUCGGCGCCGCCGCACCUCAUGCACCCGCACGGUCCCGGGCCGGGCGCAGGUCCGGGCGGUCCGGGCUACCAGAACCGGCACCUGUUUGUCGGCAACCUGCCGUUCAACUGCCAGUGGCAGGAGCUCAAGGACUUGAUGCGCGGCGCCGGCUCGGUCCUGCGGGCCGACAUUGCCCAGGGCCCGGACGGCAGGAGUCGAGGGUUCGGCAGCGUCCUGUUCGGCACGAGCCAGGACGCAGAGCGCGCUGUCGGCAUGUUCAACGGGUUCGAGUUCAACGGGAGGACGCUCAAGGUCCACUUCGACAAGUUCUCGGGCGCGGCCGUCAACAACCCUCAGCACCCGCACCCUCCUCCUCCUCAGCACCAGCACCAGCCUCACUACGGCGGCCACCACGGCGGCCCUCCUCCUCCGCCGCCUCCUCCGCACUACAACCGCCAGCAGCACCAGUCGUUCGCGCCGCCGGGCCCGAUCCCGUACCGCCCGCACACGCUCGAGCACCUCGUCUCGCAGCACCAGCAGGCGCCGAACGGGCCGAGCCCGCUCUCGGGCCUCGCGCACUCGGUCAACGGCGAGCAGGACUACCCGUCUCGACCGGGCACGGCGACGACGCGCCCCGGCUCGUCGGGCGACCGCAGCGCGCGCUCGCCGCCGGCGCCGUCGUCGUCGUCGCAGCAGGCGCCCGCCUCUCCCGUCCUCGCGUCCCUGCCCGACGCGUCGCAGGGCGUCACGGCCCCUCUUCCUUCGACCACGUCGCCUCCAGUGCCCUCGUUCGUGCGCGGGCACUCGAACCCGGCCGCGCCGUCGCGCAUCGCCAUGCCGCCGCCGCUCCCCUUCUCGCUCGCGAGCCUCGGCCACCCGUCGUCGGCCGCCAACGGCGCGCCGCACAGCGCCGGGAGCCCCUUCUCGCCGAUGCGCACGGCCGGCCUGCCCCCGAUGACGCCGAGCAUGCCCGCGUUCACGUUUGGCGGCGCGGGCCCGUUCGCGGCCCAGAUGACGCCGCCGCUCCUCCCGCACGGCAUGUUCUCGCCGGGCGUCGGGCCCUUCUCGCCGGCACGCCGGGCGAGCAGGAGAAGGAGGAGAGGAGAGGAGGGCGGCGUGUCGGAUGAAGCCC